AUGGUCCGCUUCACAAAAGUGUGUCUUAUUUUGUGUGUGGGUUUGCAGUAUGUCGCUGGUAGUUCCAAUACCGACUAUGUGUAUUAUAAACCAGAAAUGGACGGGUGGCUGAAGCUGAGCAUGGAACCCGCAACUUGGUCUGAAGCGCGCAAACGUUGUAACCAAGACGGUGGGGUUCUCGCUUCUCCGAGAACCAGCAGCAUGGCCCAGGCAAUGGCGUCCAUGAUGGUCAAAAACGGCGAGAAGUUGAUGGGCAGCGUGUUUACUGGGAUAAACUCCAUUGACAAAGACAAGUUUACUUGCCUUGACGGAAUGGAAGUCUCUUCUAUGCCGGUGCGUUGGGCCGCCGGCCAGCCAGACGACACAAGUUCUGACAAGAACUGCGUGGAGCUAGCUGCCAUCAGUUGCGAAACUAAGCGAACCUACUUCUGCCACAAGGAGAGAAACGCUAUUUGCGGCGCCAAAGCUGAUGGAUACGAGUGGGAGCCCCAAACUGGCAGCUGCUACAAAUUCCACCGGGUCUCGAAGCCCUGGGCUACCGCUAAGGCAAUUUGUCACGAUGAGGGUGGAAGCCUGGCCAUCAUCAACAACGACAUUGAAUCCACAGUACUCGAGGGAAUUUACCUGAAAUACCCGAACGAUAAGAUAAUUGGUGCACAAAAUGGCAACUACGCUAUAAUUGGAUUUAAGAAAUCGAGUAGUGGCGAGUGGAUGACUAUAAACGGUGACUCUCUCGCGGCAGCAGGAUUCCGGAGAUGGGCCGCAGGAGAGCCCAACAACGCGACCGGAGUGGCCGAGAAUUGUGGCUCUAUCUAUCGACACGGUGGUCUCAACGACCUCCCCUGCAAUAACGGGUACUCGUUCCCAUUCAUUUGCGAGAUUGUUCUGUAA